AUGAGACUGAAGUAUCACGUACCUGCUGGCCAGCGCAAUAUGGUCCACCGUGACGUUGGAUAUCAAGCGAUGAGACUAGUGUCCGACAUCUACAAUGAAAGCAUUGAAACAUCACUAGGAGGAAUCGCGAAGCAUCUAACGCAAACGGAAGAAUCGCGAGGACUGCCGAACCAACCACGCCAACAGCAGCAACAGCAGCAGCAGCACUUUGUCACCUUAGGCAGUCUGAAGCGUUGGGGCGAACAGUCGGAAGACGACCGUGGUCAGCCCCGUCCACGUCCGACCGAUUACAGCCAAUUUGCGGCGAACUUUGAAGCCGGCCCGAAACACUCCGUCAGUCCGUUUCCGUGCGAUGCGCAGAUCAACAACCGUUUCGUAAUCUGGGAGGGUGACAUCUCGCAGCUCAAAGUCGAUGCCAUCACCAACAGCACCGAUGAAACGUUGACGGAAAAGAACCGUGUAUCGAAGAAAAUUUUCGGCCGUGCCGGUGCUGCACUUACCUCGGCCAUCGUGCACGACGUGAGAAGAUGUAAAACUGGCGAGGUUCGCGUUACACCAGGAUUUUUCUUACCGUCGAAGUACAUUAUUCACACCGUCGGUCCCAUAUACAGUGAGAAGUACAGGACAGCAUCGGAAGCGACGCUGCAUGCUUGUUAUCGUAACGUGUUGUACAAAGCAAGGGAACUAGGAUUAAGAACCGUAGCCCUAUGUGAUAUUAGCUCGGUGCAGCGCGACUUCCCACCAGACACUGCUGCGCACAUAGCAUUGAGGACUAUACGCCGUUUUCUGGAGCAAUACCGUGCCGAGAUUGUGAUAGUUUGCCUUGAAUCUAAUGCACGCAGUAUCUACGAGGUACUAGCACCGUUGUACUUUCCGCGCGAUCCGCUCGAGGAACGAAGUGCUUUGUGGCAGCUGCCGAAAGACAUCGGGGGACUGUAUGGUGAACCGCAGCUAGCUGAUCGACAGAUUCGCAUCAUUCACAACCCACAGCAUUCCGUCAUGAUAGAAGCCGAUGACGAUUCUGACACGAGCCCACACGAUCUGGAAAUGGGGUCCGACGUGGAGUAUAGCAAUAUUAACCUUAGCCUGGCAGCUCAACUAUCCGGUGCAGCUCAUUCCUUCACCCAAAUGCAGGGAGAUUUGGAUCGGCAACGUUUGCUAGGUGAUCGACCACGCAUGGUCUAUGAAAGUGUGCUUGACGAUGGCUUGGAAGGAAUAGAGCACCAGGAAAGUUCACCUUUGUUGGUGGAUUGCGAUACGACCACAGAGAACUAUUGUCCGGAGAUGAUCGGCCAAGUCCUGGCCACGCACGUCGGCAAACGGACCCGUAUUCUAGACGGCUCCUUUACGUACGUCGAGCUGAUGAAACACUACCACUCGUCGCUCGACGAGAGCGAAUGGCAAAAGGAGAACCUAUACGAACGACUGUUGAGACGCGCUAAAACGGAAGACCUGUCGGAAGUUUCGGGCAUCGGAUGUCUGUACCAGAGCGGUGUAGACAGGCUCGGCCGACCGGUCGUAGUUUUCUGCGGCAAAUGGUUCCCCGCUCACAAUAUCGACCUAGAGAAGGCCCUGCUCUACCUGAUAUAUUUGCUCGAUCCGAUCGUGAAAGGCGACUACGUGAUCGCUUAUUUCCACACGUUGACGAGCUCGAACAACUACCCAUCUCUGCAGUGGCUGAAGGACGUCUACAGUAUACUGCCCUACAAGUACAAGAAGAAUUUGAAAGCCUUUUACAUCGUGCAUCCCACAUUCUGGACGAAGAUGAUGACCUGGUGGUUUACAACGUUCAUGGCACCGGCAAUCAAGACGAAGGUGCAUUCGCUGCCGGGCGUGGAACAUCUGUACUCGGCCAUCGCAAAGGAUCAGCUCGAAAUUCCUGCUUACAUUACCGAGUACGAUAUGGCGACCAACGGCAUACACUACUUCCAACCGAUCGCCAACACAUCCUCGCCAGCAUCCUAA